UCGUCGUCGUCCCCCUCCAGGGUCGAAGGCACCAGCCGUAAGAACUUCAAACGAAGAACUCCUAAACGCAACCGCUGUUUGGGGAAUGUGGUUCUCAUCUCAGAAUUCGAUGUUAGAAGGAAACCGCCCUGCCAGUCGUCGUCACUGCCCGAACUUCCAUGCUGUUGGAUCAUAAGGUGCAAGGAGAGAACCACAACAUAGAAACGACCCGUCCACCAAUCGUGCAAUUGCUGGACAUUUCAAGUUCCAUGAUCGUGGCAUGUGUGGAAGACGCCAAUAGCACAGGGAGCACAGACCAAUCAACGAAGUUAUCUUUUGAGAGGCAAACGUGCGAUCACCGAAUUUUGCCACAACGCGUCUGGAAUAUCUACGGCUGCUCGCGCGCCGAUGGGCGCCGCGGCGUGAGACGGACGACCGCCGGGCAGGCCCCCGGAGCGCCGAGUGAGAGCCGCUCGGAGGCUCGCCGCCGCGCUUGGCAGGCCCGCGCUCGGCGUCCCCGCGGCACGGGGGGGGGAGGCAAAGGCCGAGGCGCACCGUGGGCUGUGCAGGGGAAACCUCGCGCACACCAGGCGCGACGACUCGGGCCUCCCGGGCUGUGGAAGCUCGGAGGGGGGGGCGGAGGAGGACGAGGAGGAGGAGGAAGACGAGAGGAGGAGGAGGAACCUGUGCUAGGCCUUAAAACCUAUCAAUUUUGGCCGUAGCAUCCUGGUGAAACAGCUCACAAAGUGAGCGCUCAAGCUUGCACGCUAUCUUCGAGCUCUGCAAUGUAGCUGCAGGGCAUCGCUAAGACAGCCGCGGGGAUGCCUCGAUGCUGACAUGAAUUGGCCGCGGGACAGGGAUGAUGUAUGAAAUACGAAGCAGAUCUGCAAUGCGUGAGCGCCGGCAUACCUACUAGUUUUGAAUCUUCCUCCUGUAGAGGGACGUGCCCAGCGCAGCUCCAGGGCGGGCCGCGGGUUCGGCGGCCAGAGGACAGGACGAAGAUGGCAGUGCACACUUCGCGGGCCAGUCAUGGUAUGUUCCUAUAUCUACAGAUGCCGAGGUCGGGCAAACGGCGAUGUUGCUUGACGGUGAUGCUGAGAGCCAGAGCGGGGCGCCGCGAGGUGUGCGGCAGAGGUGGGCCCUCCCGGGCAGGCCGCGGGCCUGGCGGCCAGAGGACAGGACAAGAACGGCAGUGCACGCUGCGCGGGCCAGGCACAAUACGAUGGCGUUUACAUCGGCGGCGUUUUCGGGCGCCUUCGUGA